ACCAGGGGCCGAAGAACCCGCGUAGGAGUCCGCUGCCAUGUGAGCAGAGCCCAUCUCUCACCUCAUCUCAGUCCGAAGCACACAAGAACCCCAAACGGAAAGCAGAGUUACGGAGAACGGAGAGCGCCAGGCGACAGUUGCCCAGGGACAGGUUGCAGUAGCACUCGGCACCAGAAUGGAGGCCACCGAACAGGAUGUCAUGCUGGAGGGCAGCGAAGACCUCAUGUCCACCUCGGCCACGUCCACAAAUGGAGGUGACACAAAUGGUUGCGGCAAGAAAUCGACCGCAACCUCGCCAGAUCCCACAUCGUACGUGGCCAAGGCGCGAGUGACGCGUCCCACGCCGCCAGCCCCUUCGAAGAAUCCGAUGCAGUUCGUCCAGAUCAAGCCCUGCAACCUAUACCAGACCGCUCAGCAGCAGCUGAAGAAAGCCGAGGAGGUCAAGAAGUUGAAGGAGGUGAAGAAGGAGGAGCCCGAGGAGUGGCAGAACAACCUUGACAAUUGGAAAUCGUCAAGGCGAAAACGUGUCGAACACAUCAUCGAUCGUGUGGUGGAGACGAAGAAGCUCGAGCUGGAGGAGCAUGAUCGCAUGCGUCGGAAAUCGAAGACAUUCACCGAAAUGAUGGAGGAGAGGGCCGAAAGGGGAGGACCUCGGGGCCGUGCCAAACUGGCUUCCCUGGCCGUCUACAACGAGGAUGAAACGAAUGAUCUGAGCGACCUGGGGAUCGGGACGAGCAGUGCCAGCGGCAAGAGCAGCCUGUCCGAGGAUUACGACAAUAAUAGUGUUAUGAGUGACAAUGCCGCCGAGCUGGACAAGGCCAUUGGCGCCGCUGGCUCUGGCGCUGCAGGAGCAGCAUCCCGCAAUGUGGACGAGCAACAGAAUCACAUCAACCGCAACGGCAGCAAUGGGAACCACGGCAACGGAGUGGCCAUUGGCCAGGCGAGCACAUCGAACGCCUCCAAGGCAGCGGGAAGGGAGUACAUCUCCUCGCCGGGAUACGACACAUCCUCCAGCACGGCACCAGCCAGCUCUCCAGAUCCGUGCGAAUACACCUACGAGGGAGCGAUCCAGGACUACAAGCAGCGGGUCCAGAGGGCCAGCAGCAAUGGCAACGCCAGUGCCAACGGCAAGGUGAACGGCGAACCGAUCGCAUAUCCCACCAGGCGCGGCUCGAAGAUCGAGGACCGUCUGAGCGGCUUCGAGGUGACCUCGCCCAGCGACACGCAGGAGGGCGUCGAGAAACAGAAAGUGGAUGUGCCCAAGGUGGACAUCUCGAAGCGCAAGGAAAUCUUCGAGCAGGCCAAGACGAGCAGCUCCAACGGAGCUGCGUCCGCUGCUCCCAAAGUGGUCCUGCGGGAUCGCCUGACGAAUGGCAACAGUGGAGCUCCGGCUGGCUUCAAGCCGGAGGUAAAGCGUCUCUCGGGCGACAUCUCCAGCAUUCGGGAUCGGAUGCAGAGUCUCGAGCAGCAGCGCAACGCCUUCAAUUCCAGCAAGAGUGUGGAUGUACCGGUGCCGCCACUUAAGCAGCGCUUGAACAGCCUGCAGCAGUCCGUUACCAAAGAGGAGCAGAAGAAACCGCCGCUGGUGGCCCUCAUCGAUGCCCGCCAGCUGGAGAUCAUGAGAGGAGAGGAAGAACGCAUGCGUCAGCAGCAGCAGCAGCAACAGCAACAGCACCAGAAAAAGGAGCAGCGUCUUGCCCAGCACCAGACAACGGUGGUCACUCCACCGGCGGCAGCUCCACCAGCUCUGAUCAUAGAGGAGCCACCAGCAGCAUCCGCCAACGAUGACAGCGGCAUCCAGGAGGACACCAGUGAGGAGCUGCAGCAGCAGCAGCAGCAACUCAACGCAGCCAUCGCCGCCUUGGCCCUCGAGGAGCGUCAGUUGGAGGAGGCUGCUAAUGCGGUCAACCAGAUCGAGGCAGAGUUCGACGAGCUGACCGAUCUGAAUCCAUCGCCAUUGCCGCCGUCACCGGCUCGACCCUCGGUCCAGCCCUCGUCAUCAUCACCGUCAUCGUCGUCAGCUGCUCCAGCUCCAAUUCAAGCGGCCAAUCAGGCGGCAGCUCCUCCAUUGCGGGACAUGGAAUUUAGUAUCAACGAAGCUCUUGAAUUGGCGCUCGAGGCAAUCGAUCGCGAGACGACACCCAGGCCAAUGGACAAGGCGCAGCAACUGGCAGAGAAGCAGGAGGAGGAGCAUCAGGAUUCGGAGCACGCUCAGGAGCAGGAGCAGAAGCAGGAGCAGGAACAGGAGGAGGAGGAGGAGGAGCAGGAGCGGCAGCCAGAGCCGGAGCCUGAACAGGGAACACACACCGAGGGUGGGGGGGACAUGCCAAAUAAAACCGACGAACAGAAGCAGGGGGAACGAGAGCCCAUCUACGAGAAUGUCAGCUCGACUAUAUCUAUGCACGAAGUAGAUAAUGAACAGAUAGCAACGAUGACGAUAACCACACAGACCCAGGCGACGACGCGGAGGAGUCACAGGAGAAGCAUUCCAAAUAAGCAAACCAGCAACAGCAACAAUAACGAGAAUAAUCAAAACACUAAUCAAACCAGCAGCAACAACAGCAAUCAGAGCGAGAACAACCCAGGAGGAGCAGCAGCAACAUCAAAGGCAACAGCACCACCAGCAGCCAUAACAGGCACUAUUGUGCCACCACCAUCAUCAUCAUCAGCAUCAUCAUCAUCAGCAGCAUCAGCAGCGGCGGCGGGUGAAGCAGAGCCCUACUAUCAAGUGCCCAAGGCCACGGAGCCCUACUACGAUGCUCCCAAGCAUUUGAGACCCGUUCCCGUCUACGAGAACAUUGAGAUCUUCUAUUCCGGCCUGGAGAUCAGCCAGAGUUCGGCGUUACCACCCGCGGGCCUGAUGGAGCCGCCCAAGGAGAAGCCUCCGCCGCCACCCACCGAAAGUCCGCCGCCAGUUCCCCUGCGGGACAAUCGCGUCGAUGAGCUGGAUGGCUUGGGCAGCAGUCUGGGACAUAACACCGACACCUGGUCCUCGGAUAACACCUACGAGACCAUAUCCAACGGCACACGCCGGCAGCUGCAGGGACAGCUGCUGGAACCCGCCCAGCCCUCGCCGCCCAUCAAGCGGAUGAAUUCCACCAAGCGGAUCAAGAAGGAGCUGCGGAACAAGCGCUCCAGCUUCCUCGGCAUCGAGACCGACGGCGAUCUCGAUGACAUGGAGAGCUAUUUGGAGCUGACGGUGGCCCCGCCGCCGGAUAUGGCGCAGCUCCUGCAGGAGGAGCGUCGACUGGAGAAGCAGCUGUACAUCAAGGCGGGACUGUGCGACAGCUCGGACACGGGCGACAGCCGCGACUCGGGCGUUUCGGAGAACCACUCGCGCCAGAGCAGCGAGCACUACACCAACUCCUCGGAGGAGAACGAUACGCAGUCGGAGGCCACUCCGCCACCGCUGCCUCCGCCGCCGGCUACCACGCAUCUGGGCGAGGUGAUUUACCAGAACGAGAACCUACUGCUGGCUGCGCAGACACCUCUGCUCCAGACUGUCAAGGGCAACUCGGCCGAGUCCUGGACAGAAUCGGCAACGGCGGCCGCGGCGGCCACUCAAUCGCUGAGCGAAGCCACCGCGACGGCCAAUGCCAAGAUGCAGUCCAUCGAGGAGAAGAUACGGGAGCAGGGUGAGGUUUUGCGGGUGGAGCGGGAACUCCUGCACUUUUCGCAGGAGGAACUGAAGCGGCAGCGUGAGAAUCUCCUACUGCGCGAGAACCUCGCGCGUCGGGAACUGCAGCACGGGGCGAAGAUGCUGAUGUCGAACAACCGCCGAUCCCUUCAGGAUCUGCACCAUGGCUUGGGCAUAGGCAAUGGGAUGCUGAGCGCCUUCCAGCCGCCGCCGCCACCGCAGCACCACCAGCAGCCACUGCAUCCUACGCAUCCACAGCAAAUCUACGCCAACGUGCCACAGCAGCAACAACAGCAGCACCAGCAGCAGAAGGCGGCGCUUUAUGCGUAUCACCAGAUGGACACGGACUACCGCAAGUCCAUGUCGGAUCUGAAUGAGUUCUCCAACCGCCUGAUGUUGCCGCCAACGCCGCCCACAAAGCCAUUACGGGCAAUGCACAUAGCCGCCGCCAAUGGUCACGGCCUGGAGCCCGACUAUGCGGUUAGUACGAGGCAGCGGCAGCCGCCAGCUCCUUAUGGCGGCUCCCUGGUGAAGAUCGCCGGGGCUCCCAUGGGCCCGAGACUUUCCGGUCCCGGAUAUCCCGUUCAGGCCUCAGCGGCGGCUGCCUACCACCACCAAUCGGCCCAGAACCUGAGCAAUAUGUCGCGGAAUACAUUGCUCGCCUUGAGUGCCACGCCCAAGCCCAAAUACACAGACGGUUGGGUGCAGGUGCAGCAGCGGAAGAGCUACGACAGUAACCUGGCCAACGAUCCGGCCUGGCUCUCCGCCCAGCAGCAGAAGCGCAAGUCCAUGCCGGACUACGGCGGAGCCGUCUACAACAACAACCACUGGCUCCUGCAGGAGGCGGAGCAGCGGCGCAUCGAUCAGCUUAACCGGCGAUCGAUGCCCGCCAGCAAGUCGAACGGAAAGCCCUUGCCCGAUUCCAUCAUCCAGACGCUGACGGAACGCGUUCAGAGCAAGGGCAUCGGUGAACGCAAACGUUUCGAUGGGAAUGGAAACUAUAGCCAGGUUAAUGGCAAUACCAACACCGGCUAUCAGCAGCAACCGCAGCAGCAGCAGCAGCAUCAGCAUCAGCAAAAGACCAACAAUAGCAGUAACAACAUCAACAAUAACAACAAUGGCAGCCAGGAGAAGGUGCUCAGCGUCAGUGGCAAAAAGAAGUGCUCCCAUUGCGGGGACGAACUAGGUCGCGGUGCUGCCAUGAUCAUCGAAUCACUGCUGCUGUUCUACCAUAUCAACUGCUUCAAGUGCUGCGUCUGCCAUGUCCAGCUGGGCGAUGGCCUCAACGGAACCGACGUCCGGGUGCGGAACCACAAGCUGCACUGCCAGAACUGCUACUCCAGCGACGAGUUCAAGUUCAGCUGCGUCUAGGGGAGCACUUGGGCAUUUGGAGUUAAGGCUGGCGAAUGUUGUUGUUCUUGUUCUUGUUGCUAUUGCGACAAAUUGAUUGUUGUUGUUGUACUAGUAAUAUAUAGACACUAACUACAGACGCGUAA